UCGGCUACUUUCGGUGCCGCCGAAAAUUUUGAAUUAUUUUUGUAUUUGAAAGCAAAACAAAUUUUACGAGUUUAAUUACUUAAUAUUAACUAAACAAAUAUCAUAAGGGAGCUUUUAACGAGUGAUUAGAAUGGACGACUCUCAAAGUUCAGAUAUAUUUUCUGUAACAAGUGCUAACAUAAAGUAUACCUCUACAAUUGAAAUAGAAAAGUAUGAAGAACUUGUUUCAAAAAUUAAGGCUUCUGCACAUGGAAGUGUUAGCACAGAUAUAAGUAUUGUUCAAGACUAUUUCACUGUGUUACUAGAAGACUGCAGUUCAUGUAUACUUCAGAGCCUCAGCUUAAUUAUUUCAUUAUUAGAAGAUACAAAUACAGAAGUAGAUAAACUGUGCGAUUACAUAGAAAAUGCUGUAUGUAUACUACAGAUAUUAUCAAAUUUUGUUAAGACUAUCAUUGAAUCUGUCGCCAUCACAUGCAGCACAGUAAAGAAUUUUGGUACAUGCACUGGAAACAUAAUAUUAUCUGUAUUCACUCACUGUAAGGACAGUGAAUGUAUUUAUGGGGAUAGUCUCUGUACUGUGGGAAAACAACUAAAGGAUUUGUUUAGAAAUUGCCAUGAUUUACAGUUGAUCUAUUUAAUGACCUUAGAGAAGCAUAUGGUCUUUGAUUUGAAUGAAAAAGAGGACCAUGACAUUCUUCUUAAAACAUUAGACUUGAACUUGAAAAUUGGUGAUGUGGUACAAUCAUUGGACGUUAAAACUAUGGCCGAGCAGUGGAAGGCCUACACAAUGAUUUGUGAGAAGUAUUCAAAUUUUCUUUUGGACGAAAACAUAUUUAACACAACUAGUAGACUUCUAGCUUCUACGACGGAAAAUAACAUUAGGACUGCUUUGGAGGUAAACGAAGAAGACAAGAUCGUAAUAAGAUCUUUGAAAGUAGCAAACUUUUCUUUAAAGAUACUGUUGCGUUUAUGCAGCAUAUUCAAAAGAUCCAUCAACAGUGAUUACGAAGAUAUUACGAAACUACUGCUUCAUAUGAGUUUGUGCAACGGUUCGUACUAUGAAAUAACUGCAAAUAAGUCAUCGGAGUUCUCAGCUCUCAUAAGCACUCACAUAUCAUUGCCUUCAGAAAUUAUAGUUGCUACUCUUGUAAACGAAGAUCAAUUUUUAAAAUUAAUAUUCCUAAAAGAAAUAAAUGAGUUACGAGACGCUCAGUUGUUAGGAUAUUUGCUACUUGUAAUAACAACUAUGAAAGCAUUCCUGGAGAACGAAAAUGUGCCGAAAGAAAAUAAUGAAAAAAUUAUUGCUUGCGUGUUUUCAAUGUUACCAUAUUGUCACAAGUGGUUUAAUAUUGGGUUACAAUUCAAACAAACAACAUCAGAUGGCAACACUCAAUACUACGGAUUGUAUGAUCAUCUAUUACUGCAUACUGUUGCUUUGUCUAGCACGCUUAGUGCCGAACAGUACAAAAAAUUGGAGUUUUAUUUGUAUGAAGCUCUCUUAGGAACUGAUUAUUACGCCGCGAUUUUUGCUGCCAACUUGUGGGUUUUAAUUUGCAGGCUCAAUAAUAACCAACUGCAGUUAGAAGUACUGUCAGGAUUAUUAAAGAUCUAUCAGAACCUAGAAACACAUGCACUCUUUGCCGAUGCACCGCAAAGAAUUCACUUGACUUAUACAAUGGAAAAGUUAUUCCAGACGCUGGGAAAUGAAAAAAUGCAUAUUUACAAGCGAUACAGUUUAAAAGACGGAGGAAAUGUUGGAAUUUGGUCAGCGCUGAAAAUAAGGAAUUUACAUAAUGAUCUCUCGAAAUCUGUUGAUAGAAUUGUAUGUGAAAAUUUGUAUGCCAGUUUCGAUAAGGUUUUGAGCAGCGAAGGUAGUUUGGGUGAUUUGAUUAAAAAAUUAAAAUUGGCAUCGACAUGUCGGUUUAUGGAAUUGAAUUCAAGAAUAGAAGAUUUUCUGCUUAAAGCGUGGCUUAAAGUUUGUCCUAUUUGUGGCAGUAAACAACAGUCUGUAUGGCUUUUUAGGUAUUUAGAAGGUUUGGCUUCUCUAACUGAUUGUUGUAUGGAGAAGUUUGAGCGAAAUACAAUUUUAAUAAAUAUACUAAAUAUAAUCUCAAAUAUUCUACUCAUUGGUAAUAUUAAUACUUUUUAUAUUUUAUUUAAAUUGUUUUGCAAAUUAUCUAUUUUUCUUAUAAAAAACCAAUGUGUUGUUCAAACGAAAAACACCCUUAUAUCUAAAAUACUAGAUGAAAGUGAUAAUAUUAAACACCAGAUAUUCAAUAUCAUAAUAUCAGAUGAUGAUAUCGGUAAAUUGAUUAUACCAGUUCUCAAAGAUACAAAAGAUACGUGGGAAAAGUUUGUUGAAUACAAAAAUGAAUAUUUAGAUAUAGAAGAAUGGCAUAAACAGUUGGAUUUAGUUGGCAAUAAUAAGUUUAUACAUAAAUGUAUGGUGACUGAUACUGAUGUUCAAGAAAUGGAAUUUAAUGAUAAUAUAGAUGCAUUAAAGAAAACUAAAAGUAAUUUCGAUCUAGGUGAUAUAGACUCUUUGUUUGAAGAAAGGGACGAAGAGCCAGUUAGCAAAAAGGCGAAAUUCGAUUUCGAUGUUGAUAAUCUCAUCGGAAAAAUUGAAUCGAACGUAGAACAGCUGUGUCAAGUGAAGGAGAACGUACUCAGUGAAUACAAAAGCAGAAUCAAGUGUGUAUGCGAUAGGUUGAGAAAUAUAGUUUCGUAAAUUUGAUGCAA